GUUUUCUCUUAUAUAGUCUUUGUAGUGUAGUAGACUUACCGUCAAAAUGGGCAAAACUUAAGUGUGGCAAAUUACAUGACUGGUUUUUCUAGCAUGUGAGAUUGGGUUGUUUAAUUUUUAGAUAAUCGUGGAGUUACGAACUUUAGGAUUAUUUAGCGCGGAACGUUUUUAUACUAUGUUUACAGACGGACGUUGUCAUACAUCUGUAUAUUAGUAUUUGACGUACGUUAUACGUUUGUGUGAUUAAGUCGUGCGUAGUGGCAAAUUAAGUGGCAGAAAUUGUGUGAUAAUUUGUUAUUUUGUCUUGUUUAUAUAAUAUGUCUACAACUUCAGGUAGUAAAGUAAGCUGCUUGAUUGUACUGCCAAGUGUCAAAGAAGGAGUCUCAGCACCCAGUUUCAUCCAGUGCUUCACGUUGACGCACUCUGCCUUUGCAGUUCAGCUGGCCACUCCCGGGGGAAAGACGGCAGAAUUCAUCAACCAAGAUGAGCAAAGCCGUCGGUGGCUCAAUGACUUCCGCACAAAACCAUUUGCAGUUCCGCUCAGCUUGGAAGUGAUAGACCCAAACCGCUACACAUGCCUUCUGAUUCCUCACGCUCCGGGCGCUGCCUAUGACCUGGCCUCCAAUGCAGACUUGGGGCAGAUACUGCACCAGUUCAUCAAGGACAAGAAAAUAAUCUGUGCCAUUGGUUUGGGUGUUGCUGGCUUGCUGUCCGCCCGCAGCGAGGAAGGAGCCUCGUGGGGCUUCAAAGGCUACUCUCUUACCGGACCAUCGCUGUUUGAGCUGGCAAGGCGGCCGGACUUUGCGGACCUGCCCGUCAUCCCCCCGGACAGCAUCCUGGACCGCGGCGGCAGCUUCUCCGCGUGUGGGGAGAGCGACGGAGUGCACAUGGUGGUGGACAGGCACCUGGUGACCGCCCAGAACGAGGCGUCCACUCUCACGGCCGUCCAGAACCUGGUGCUGCUGUGCAACCAGAGGCAAGGAAAAUCUGGCAACAAAUAGAAAAUGCCUCAAAAAAUUGAAACGGAACUUGUGUAAGUGUAGCAAAUAAGAUCUAUACAAACAUUUUAGGUUUAUAGAACCAAAAUUUUCAUUGACAAUAGAAUUUUCAAUGUAUCUAAUGGUGAAUGCAGAAGGAUUAUGAAGUUUGUUAAAGUUUAAUUUUCAGGAGGCCUUAAAUAAAAAUAUAUAUAUAUAAUUAAAAAU